AUGAAUCUCCAUCGAUUCAUACCUGUAGAAGUCGCACGUGACCUUCGCUCUAGGUUAGAUCAAAUCAAAAUUGAUCGAGUUUUUCACUGCGACGGCUUAUUGUUAUGCGUCACCUAUGAGGAUAAUCCUAGGCUCGUGGUUUGGAACCCGUUUACUAUUCAAACCAGGUGGAUCAAUGAUCACAAGAAAUACACGUCAUUCGCUCUCGGAUCAUCCAACAAUAAUAGCUACAAAAUAUUGGGCUACAGUGGUGGUAAUUACCCCGGAUUUGGAAUAUAUGACAUGAAAUCUUGUUAUUGGAGGAUUCUUGAUGUCACUUUGGACUUCCAGUUAGUGUCUAUUCAUUGA